CUCUCUCUCUGGAGUAUUUAAGCUUCUUCUAACCGGACCCCAAAGGCGAAUUAAAUCUGCCCCAAAAUAAUUAUAAUUUUGGUGAUCCAAUCCCCCCUUUACUUCUCAUAAAACUGCAAAAACCUCCGUCGUUUUCUUUGAUAGGCCCGUUGGAUCUGGGCUCUGUCUCUCACAAAAUCCUCCACCCUUUAGAUCUCCUCUAGGUCUUUCUCUUCCUCCUCUCUGUUCGAUUCCAAAACCCUCUCUCUCUCUGCGACUCCAAAGAGUCUCAGAUCUGCUCUCUAGAACGCAUCCAUGGCUUCUCCAGUACCCCAAGGGGUACCAAGACCUGGAUUUCAGAGACCUCCUCCUCCUCCUCCUCCUCCUUCUCUUGCCGAUCAAAUGCAAACCCUAACCCUAAAUCGACCUCAAGCUCCUCUUCCUCCCUCUGCAACUGCCCCUUCUCGCUCCAUGCCCUUCAAUCCUUCUCAAAACCCUAGCUCUGCAAUUCCUCCUCCCCCUUUCGCAAUUCAAUCCCAAAACCCUAGCCCAAAUACUAAUCCUUCUUCAAACCCUAAUUUUGGGAUCCCACCUCCGCCCUUUACGUCGAGGCCUGGCAUUAGGAUGUCGCCACCUCCGCCAAGUGCCCCAUCAAUGAUGGCAAAUGGCCCUCGCAGUGAUGGAAUUUUGGGGAAUUCGCCCUCCCCGCACCAGGGCCCUCCUCUCGCCGGAGGGAAUUUUCCCUCCAGGCCCCAUGGCCCACUGGGAAAUGUACCGUCUGGACCCCAAUUUCUGCCUCAGGGCCCGCCUCUUGCCAGGGGCAAUACGGGUAAUUUGGCCUCUGCUCCCCAGUUCGCGCCCCAAGGUCCACCUCUGACCGGGGGUAAUUUAGGGAGUUUUCCUUCGGUUCCACCUCUAACUGGGGGCAUCUUGGGGAAUUUGCCAUCGGCCCCGCAGUUUCCGGCCCGGGGGCCACCUCCAACUGGGGUCAGUUUGGGAAAUUUGGCACCUGGGGCACAGUUUCCUGUCCAGGGCCCGGCCAUGACUGCGGGCAAUGUGGGAAAUUUGGCACCUGGGGCUCAAUUUCCGGUUCAGGGCCCUACUCCUGCUGGGGGAAAUAUGGCGAAUUUGGCACCUGGAGCGCAAUUUCCUGUCCGGGGCCCACCUCCUGUGGGGGGAAGUUUUGGUAAUUUGGCGAGGGGCCCGCAGUCUUCGAGUCAGGGUAUGCCUAUGGGUUCGGCGCCAAUGGUCGGGUCUCCUUUAUGGCAACAAACUCAGGGUCCAUCUCCACGUCUAUCUGGUCCUAUGCAGCCACCAAGGAUGUAUGGAAUGCCGCCUUCUUUACCCAAUCAACAUCUCCACGGAAUGCAACCUGGGAUGGGUCAUCCUCCUGGUACUGGAGUUUUGGGUAUGGCAAGGUCAGGUUCUCCUGUUGCCGGAGCCCCAGGUGCUGGGGCAUCGAAGAUUGAUCCAAACCAAAUCCCCCGCCCUAUUCCAAGUUCUUCAUCAAUUUUGUUUGAAUCCCAUCCUAAUAGUCAAGCCAAUCUCCCACCGUCUGCUGCAAGUAAUUAUAUUGUGAAGGACUAUGGAAAUUGCAGUCCACGCUACAUAAGAAGUACUAUUUAUCAGAUUCCAUGCACUGGUGAUCUUUUGACGACAUCAAGCAUGCCAUUGGCUUUGAUGAUUCAACCAUUGGCUCUUCCACACCCCUCUGAGGAGCCUAUCCAAGUUGUGGAUUUUGGAGAAAGUGGACCUGUACGAUGCUCUCGUUGCAAAGGGUAUAUAAAUCCAUUCAUGAAGUUCAUUGAUCAGGGAAGGCGCUUCAUCUGUAAUUUAUGUGGGUUCACCGAUGAAACUCCUCGUGACUACAUAUGCAAUCUAGGGCCAGAUGGAAGACGUCGAGAUGCUGAUGAAAGGCCAGAGCUAUGCAGAGGAACUGUUGAAUUUGUUGCAACCAAGGAGUACACGGUCCGUGAACCAAUGCCUGCUGUAUUUUACUUCCUUGUAGAUGUAUCAUUGAAUGCAGUACAAACUGGUGCAACUGCAGCAGCAUGCAUUGCAAUCCGACAAGCAAUUGCCGAUCUUCCUGAAGGUCCUCGGACAUUUGUGGGGAUUGCAACAUUUGACUCAACUAUUCACUUUUACAAUUUGAGAAGAGCAUCACAGCAGCCUAUUAUGCUCAUUGUUCCUGAUGUUCAAGAUGUUUACACUCCCCUACAAACAGAUCUCGUUGUACAACUCACCGAGUGCCGUGAACAUCUGGAGCAACUUCUGAAGAGCAUUCCAGACAUGUUUCAGAGCAACAGAGUUGCUGAAUCAGCCUUCGGUGCUGCUAUUAAGGGUGCAUUUUUGGCUUUGAAGCCAACAGGAGGAAAGUUGCUUGCAUUUCAGUCAGUCUUGCCAUCUCUGGGUAUUGGAGCUCUGUCUGCAAGAGAAGCUGAAGGAAGAGCAAAUGUGUUAGUCAGUGAGAAGGAGGCCCAUAAAUUGCUUCAACCUGCAGACAAGACUUUCAAGACGAUGGCUAUAGAAUUUGCAGAACAUCAGGUCUGCGUGGAUAUCUUCAUUACUGCACAAUCUUAUGUUGAUAUAGCUUCCAUAUCUGUUGUUCCUAUAACAACUGGGGGACAGGUCUAUUGUUACUACCCCUUCUCAUCUAUUUCUGACUCUGCCAAGCUUUACAAUGAUCUUAGAUGGAAUGUUACGAGGCCCCAAGGUUUUGAAGCAGUAAUGAGAGUAAGAUGCAGCCAGGGUUUGCAAGUUCAGGACUACUUUGGCAACUUCUGCAAGCGCAUCCCUACAGAUGUGGAUCUGCCUGGGAUUGAUUGUGACAAAACUAUCAUGGUCACAUUUAAACAUGAUGAUAAGUUUCAAGAAGGUUCUGAAUGUUCUUUCCAGUCUGCCCUUCUUUAUACAACAGUAUAUGGGCAAAGAAGAAUACGUAUUUCAACUUUGUCACUUCCAUGCACAAGCGUGCUCAGCAAUCUAUUCCGUGCAGCUGAUUUGGAUGCUCAGUUUACAUGUUUCUUGAAGCAAGCUGCGAAUGAUAUUCCCACUAAUCCCCUUUUCCAAGUCAGAGACCAAAUUACAAACCUCUCAAUAAACAUUUUAUUCAAUUACCGUAAGUUUUGUGCCACGGUAUCAUCAUCUGCACAACUAAUUCUUCCUGAGGCACUAAAGCUCCUGCCUCUAUAUACUCUUGCUUUGUUAAAGAGUACUGGACUACAAGGUGAUGCACGCAUAGAUGAUCGGUCAUAUUGGGUCAAUCGUGCUACCUCUCUAGCUCCCGCUUUGGCAGUUCCGUUGAUUUAUCCCAGGAUGUUGGCUAUCCAUAAUCUUAUUUCAAAGGAGGAGAAGGAGAAUGAGGACGUCCUUGUCAACCUUACAUUGCCUCCAUCUAGUGAGCAUAUCACUGAUGAUGGAGUCUUUCUCCUUGAAAAUGGGGAAGAAUGUUUAUUUUAUGUUGGGAAUAUGGUGAAUCCUGAUAUUGUACGCCAAUUAUUUGGGGUUGCCUCUGUUGAUGACAUUCCUUCUCAGUUUCUGUUGCAGCAACUCGAUAACGAAUUAUCAAAGAAGCUGAAUAAUAUAGUGAAUGAGAUCAGACGCGAAAGAUGUUCCUAUCUCCGCAUGAAAGUUUGCAGAAAAGGAGAGCCUUCAGGGAUGUAUUUUGUUUCUCGUUUGGUGGAGGAUAAGAAUGGCGGAAGCUUCUCAUAUCCUGAGUUCCUUGUACAUAUUCACAAGCAAAUUCAAAAUAAAAUGGUGUGACCCUUUUCAUAAGAAGCCGUUGGGGAGAAAUUGUGGGGUUAGACUCGACCGUGCUCUGGUCUAAAAGGAGAGAGAAAAAUGAAGAGCAAAACAAAGGCAAGCAUUCUUUUCCUGUUGGGUCCUUUUACUUCAUAAAUUCCCACUAAGCUGGGUUGCUAUUUAAUAGAACAUAGGAGAUUUUUCUGUGACUGAUGGGUGCGUCCAACAGUUGUAAGAUAUGGAGAGAGAGAGAGAGAGAGAGCCCGGUUUUUCCAUCCCUUUUUUGUGCCGUUUUUUUUGUUUUUUCCUUGUCAUGUGUCGGCUUUAUUGCAUUCUCAUACCCUUUGAAUUGUCAUGAGAAAUAUAGAACAAAUUUUGUAUCUGAUUGCGUGUAUUCUUCCCUUUUGAACAACAUACAUGGGCAUCUUAGAUGAGUAUGAGUUAUAACC